AUCACGCAAACUCGGGACGAGUUUAUAAGGGUACGCACUUAAAAUCAGUAAUCAUUACUGAUUUCCUUAUGGCUGAGUUUGCAGAAGCAGGAAAAACGACUUUGGUCACAAGCGUACGAAAAUGUGAAAAAAUAGUUUCUCUCUUAUAUGAGGAAACAGUGCUGGCCGUAGACUGUCAAGGGGUCUAUCGUGGGCCUCACCUCAGGUUGACCCUUUUACAGAUUGGGACUUCCAAAGGAGAUGUUUAUCUGUUUGAUAUACAUGAAAAUAAGGAUCUUCUUUUAAAAGGUUCGCUGAGAGCUUUGUUAGAAUCUGAAAAAAUUGAGAAGGUGAUGUUUAAGUGUUCGAAGGAUAGUGGGGCCCUGAACCACUAUUUUCAAAUUACUCUGCAGAACGUCUUUGAUAUACAGGUUGCAUAUAUUAUAUUAGAAGAACAAAAAGAUCGUAAACUCUUCCCACCAUUAUUGCUGCGCAAUGUUUGUCGAGUUUAUUCAUCCACUGACAAAGUGUCUAAAGACGAAGAAGAAAUCAUGAAAAUAUGUGCUGUGGAAAGUAGUAGAUUUUGGGAGGAACGCCCAUUAACUGACAAAAUGGUGUCCGUAGCAGCUGGCCAGGUCAUAGCUCUGAUUCCAGAAGUAUACAGGGAACAGAAACGACUUAUUGAAAACUCUGGAUUAAACCAAAAGUUUAAAGAAAGAGUUCUUGAGUCCGUGAAGCUGCAUAUUGAUAGAACCGUCUACACACAGAGAAAAGAUCGAAUCAAUGGACACGUUAUGGAGAUACUACAUUCAAUUGAAAACACAUGCACUACAAACACAAAAUUGCAGGACUUUGAAAAAGACAGUGACGAACGGAUAGCCUUACAAAUUGUUGAUGUUGAGAUUGCUCAAAAAAUGUCCGAAAUCAUUCAGCAGUUGAAGAAGGAAUACAUUGAUUCUAAUUUAGAUGAAAUUCUUGAAGAAGUCGAAUCAGAUGAAGCUGAAUUACUUGUUACCACAAGUAAACUUAGAUUUCUUAACAAAACUCGAGGCCACCCUCAUAAAUUAUUUGCAAGAAAAGCAGGGCGUAUAAGAGAAAAAAUACAAAAUAUUGUUCUUUCAAGCAUAGAGAGAAAAUACGACGUAGGUACAGAUGUCAGCUUGUUAUCAACAUGUGAACAGGAAAUAUUAAGAGAUUUGCCGAUAUGGAGUGACGAUGACACCAACUUUCCCAAAGUUAUUAAAGGUCUGUUUUGGCGUCUAUUAGAUAAUGAUUUGGCCAGAAAAAGUGGCGCACUUCAUAAGCAUAAGGGAAAUUACAGACUGAACAAACAUUUUUAUGAUCGAAUGCAAAAGUUCGCCCGUGGUCCUUCAUCAGUCCCGAUACCAACGCAUGUGCGCGAAAAGGUUAAAAAAUUCUUAGAUGACAUUGGUAUUUACAAAAUAGACACAAACUUUUAAUCACGCGAUGGAAGUACUCAAUAAAAUCAGCACUCGGUCAUCAAUCAAGUACGAUUUGUCAGUUGCACUGGCUUAUUGUUUGAAGAAGAACUUGAGAGUAUAUAAUUCCGAACGGCUGGAAAUAAGGUGUUUUAACUUUUUUGUGUGUUUAUAACUUCAAUAUUUUUAUGGUGCAUGUUUUUUUAUAGAUUUAUUCCCAAACUUUUCAAUUUAUCAAUUAUUUGAUAUAGUACUCGCAUUUUACAUAAGAUACACAUCCUAUUCUUGGGAAUAUUGACGACUGAGGAAUGAUUAAAAUAUCUAAAUAAAUUGUUUCCCUUUUUCUUUUCAUGUAUAUUUAACUUCGAUGUACUAAUUAAUGUUUUAUGAUUUUUUUCGAAAUGUAUAUUGAUGCUAGUCUAUGCAAAUAAAGUCUAACAACUAUG